GUGCGCGCCAGUGUGGGAGUGUCCGGAGGGAGUGUCCCGCUGGCGCUACUCGAGUCCCGAGUCCCGUCGAGUCGCGUCUCCCGUCUCCGGGCUGCGCGACUCCGCCAUGGAGCGCGUCGCGUGCUGGCCUCCCGAGCGGGUGAGCGCGUGGCUCACAGGCCUGGACGCCUCACUGCAGCAGCAGUACCCCUUCGAGGAGUGGCGGCUCUCGGGCGAGGAGCUCCUGAAGGUCUCCUACCUGGAGCUGGAGAAGCUGGGGGUGCGGAAGAUCGGGCACCAGGAGAUCAUCCUGGAGGCUGUGGAGAAGCUCUGCUCACUGACGUACAGCAUGGGUGGGGAGACCCUGCGCGCCGUGACCGAGAAGCUGCGCUCGGUGACGCACUCGCUGCAGAUGAGCACCCAGGGCCGCUGGAGGGUGAACAGCUACAACGGGCAGAGCGCCCCCAAGCUGCCGGUCGGAGAACUGCAGGCCGUGCUCGAUGUGCUCACGGCCGCCAAGGGGCUCUUCUCAUUUCUCAACCGGUACCACUUUACUGCGCUGAGUGACUACGUGACAAGUCAUGACAUCAUCACUCACUGCCAGGCGCUGGGUGCUGUGGUGCAGAAGGAGGCCACGGUGUAUGAGAAAGAGAAGGACAUCAUCUCCAUUUGCCGGCGCCUCGUGGCUGUGUGUGACGACAUCCUGAGCAACACUCCGGAAUUCCUCCUCGACCACACGGCCCACCUGGAGAGCGUGCACCUGGUGCCCGUUUCGCCUGGCGAGCAGCUGGGGAUUGAAAUCACGUCAACGGGGUCCAACGAGCACUACAUCACAGGCACGAGCAGCGAGUCACUAGCCGAAUCCAGCGAGGGAGUCCUGGUCGGGGACGAGGUGAUCCAAGUCAACGGUCAGAUAGUGUUGGGCUGGAGCAGGGCGAACCUGGUGCGAAAGCUUCAGGAGAACCCCGACGGAGUCACCCUGGUCCUGAAGAAGGUCCCAGUGUCCAAACAUCAGGAGAAGCCCCGUGUGACCAUUUCCCCUGAGAAGGAAAAGGAGCAGAGGGACAGGGGUUCCGUGCUCGAGAGGGUCGCGGCCUCCGUGCGAUCUCUGUCUUUCAGGACCGCGGUACAGGGAGGGGAGGCCAAGCAGCCCAUGAGGGGGGAGGAGUUGGAACUGGCUUUCGACAGCACUCGUCCCGACCUCCAGGGGAAAAUCUCCUUCUCAGAGCCUGAGCAGGAGGACACCUCCAACGCCGGAGGCUUCACCGCUUCCCUGCCAGAGGCCUCGGUGGGGACGGGACGGGCGAGCGUCAGCUCCUGCCCCGAGAUGGUUGGACACAAGGAGGAAAGCGACUCAGGGAAGGCGAACACUAAAGGCACACGCACGGCCAUGAGUCGGCGCCGCGUCUCGUGCCGUGAGCUCGGCCGGCCCGACUGCGACGGGUGGCUGUGGAAGAAGAGGAAGGACAGCGGCGUCUUCCUGGCCCAGAAGUGGCAGCGGUUCUGGUUCGUCCUGAAGGGUCCCACCCUCUACUGGUACAAGAGCGAGCAGGAGGAGAAGGCGGAGGGUCUGGUGAAGAUUCCCAGUUACAGCAUCGAGAGCGCCGGAGAACACAAGAGGAAGUAUGUGUUCAAAAUGUGCCACGAACGCUUCCAGACGUUCAUCUUUGCUGCUGACAACGUGAGCGACAUGAGCAAGUGGAUCAAUAGUUUAAUUGCAGCCAUCCAGAAGUACAAGAAGCUCCACAAGGAUCCCCCUGGCAGUGAGGAGGAGUGCUACAGUGAAACGGAACCUGAGGACGAGGGCUCCCAUUCCCCGCGCUCGCACAGGAGCAAGGUGGAUUCUAAAACGCAGAGCAACACACUGCCUCGGUUCAAGGGGAAGAAGAACAAGGAGCCAGUGGGGAGUGGAGGAGGUCUUUCCACAUCAGGGGGGAGCAAAGUUCCAGGGGCAGCAGAGGAUGAGAUGGACAUUCUUUUCCAGCGGCUGAAGCAGGACGGUGUGUCUCCAAUUGGCCACGAGCAGCCAAUUACCCACGACCACUUCCGCAGAUCCUUCAUCCGGCGCAACAAGAACCCAGUCAUCAACGAGAAGGCCCACGCUCUCCGAGCACUGCAGAGCACACUCAAGGCCAAAGAGGCGGAGCUCCAGGUGAUCAACAAGGUCCUAGAGGACACAAAUCUGACCUCUGAGAAGUUCCGCCGGUGGAAGAACCAUAACGAGGACCUGUUCCAGGAAAUCGAGAGGCAAGCACUGGCAAGAGCCCGGCACGAGCUUCAGACGCAGGUGUGCAGGGAGGAGGUUGCCAUGGAGACGGGUGCCGUGAGCGACGGGGUCAGCAGACUGAGUCUGAGUGACGGGGAGCAGCUGGUGGACGCAGAGGACAGUGGAAGCUCUGCCCUGGAAUCGGAAGCUGAACUCUCAGCAUCGACGCACACGGCUGCUGUGGGCACUGCGCCAACCGAGUACUUCUACAUCUGAGCCUCUGCGUGCUCAUUGGUCCUCACCUGCCAGCUUUCUGCAUGCUCAUUGGUCCUCACCUGCCAGCUUUCUACAUGCUCAUUGCUCCUCAUCUGCCGGCUUUCUGCUUGCUCAUUGGUCCUCACCCGCCAGUUCUCUUGGUGCUCAUUGGUCCUCACGUGCCAGCUCUCUGCAUGCUCAUUGGUCCUCACCUGCCAACUCUCUGCGUGCUCAUUGGUCCUCACCUGCCAGCUUUCUACAUGCUCAUUGCUCCUCAUCUGCCGGCUUUCUGCUUGCUCAUUGGUCCUCACCCGCCAGUUCUCUUGGUGCUCAUUGG